AUGUAUUUCAAUCGAAAUAUUUUCGAAGUGAAGGAUAUCGAUAGUGGCGGAAAGAAAUUUCUUCGCGUUUCGCGAAUUUUUUGUGAGUCCGAAUCGUUUAAAAUGGAUUUAAUUCUCGAUGUCAACACACAAAUCUAUCCGAUGGAACUUGGUGAUAAAUUUCGUUUGAAAAUAUGCACAACCUUACGCGAAGAUGGAAAACCUGAUACAGGUGAAUUCAAUCAACAUGAUACUGCACCAAGUCGAGCCGAUCAAUUUGAAUAUGUAAUGUACGGGCAAGUCUAUCGAAUCGAAGGUGAUGAAUCUGGCAGUGAAACGGCGUCGACGUUAUCAGCCUACGUCUCAUUUGGUGGUCUUCUCAUGCGUUUGAAAGGUGAUGCAAACAAUUUACAUGGAUUUAAGAUUGAUUCCAGUGUUUAUUUACUUAUGAAAAAACUAGCCUUUUGA